AUGUUCAGCAAUCAUUUAGAUCACCAUAGUGAUUAUGAUAAGUUUAACAAUGAUCAGAAUAAUAAUGAUCCGAAUAAGAAGAUCAUAAAUGAUAAUUAUGAAGUAAAUAUUUUUCAAAAUUAUACAAAACAAUAUUAUUAUAUACAACAAUUUAUACCAUCCCCUUUAUUAUUAUUUACCUGGACAAAAUUAAUGAGAACAGAAUUGUUUCGACAAACUUUACAGAAUGUAAUUUUAUCAAAUUAUGAUAAUUACGUAAUGACUAGAUUACAAUCUACUAAUAGUCCGGUUAAUAAUAAUAAUAAUAAUAAUAGUAAUGGUAAUAAUAGUAACGGUAAUCAUACAAAUCCAGAUCUAAUCGAUUUAACUCAUAGAAAUGCCUUAAUCAAAAAAUAUUUGAAUAAAUUAAAUAGUUUAUUAUUUGAAUAUUUAUCAUCUAACAAAGAUUGGGCAUCGUCAUCAUCAUCAUUAUCAUCGUCGUCGUCGUCGUCAUCAACAUCAUCAUCACCAUCGUUGUUAUCCUCAACAAAUAUCAUUGAACCAUAUCAUCAGUUUAAUGUAUAUAAUAAUUAUGAAUCAAGAAAUUGCUUCUAUCAGUGGUUAAAUCAAUCAAUCAAUUGUAAUAAUUUAUAUGAUGAUAACACUUUGAUCAAGAAUAUAAACCAUGAAAGUAAUCAUUUAUUUAAAUUAGAUGAUAAUCUACCUCUUGAAGAAGCAACAGUACAAUUCAAUAAUGAAAAUAAUAAUAAUAAUAAUAUUAAUAGAGAUUUCCAUGUUGAUAAUAAGUAUCAUUUGGAUUCAUAUAGGACUUCAUUUAAUAUACCAGAAAUAUAUCAUUCUAAAUGUAACCCUUUAUGGUCAGAUAUAUGUUAUACAGAAAAUUAUCAUCCUGAAUUAUAUCAGAAUUGUUCAAUUUGGAAACAAACAUCAUCAUCAUCAUCAUCAUCCCCAUCACCAUCAUUAUCAGCGGCAGCGACAACACCACCACCACCACCACCACCAUCACUGAUUGUUCUUUGGAUACUAAACAUACAAUUAUGA